CCGCUGUCUGUGUCUCGUUUAUCCAGAAAAUGGCGCUGUGUUUACGUCUGUGUGUCUCCCAUCUGCUUAGUUUUGAAUGUUUAGACUUUUGAUGCAUUUAUCAAUGACUAACUGGUAGGAUCAUUUGCGUUGUCUACCCGAUCUAUCUGCGAAAACAAACUGACAAUUGGAUUAAGGUAGCAAACGCAAUAUCUUGCAAUAGUUUCUUACAGUGACAAUUGCAUUGCAUGUUUCUGCUCACUAACAUAUAGUUAGUUAGCUGACUAAACCCCACUCCAUGGUGAAGGAAGUUUAUGACGAACUCCACCAAAGGAGUGAAGCAGAGACCAGGCUUUGUGGAAUUCAGCUCCGACUACAACGAUUCGCCCAAGCAUAGUAGCAACAACAAGAUGAUGCAGGCUGCAGAGGCUACAACAGACUCCUCACUGAGAGAGGGAAUAGAGGUGCUCGGAGUGGGGGACACUGAGAAAACCACUGGUAGGGAAGAGGAAGGUGACAAAGACGGGACGGAUGUGGCAGCUGCAAAAGCAGAGGAGACCAAAUCAGAGGAUGCAAAAGAUGGAGACAAAAGUGGAGAUGCGAUGGAAGGAGAGGGGCAGAAGGGGGAGAUGGAAGCAGACAGCAAGAUGGAGGGAGGCGAUCGAAAGCAGGUGGAGCGAGAGUGGGAAAUCACCUAUAGCGAUGAUGAAAUCGAGGACACCAAAAACUGGAUGCCCCCUCCCGACGAAAUCAAAAGACUGUAUGAGCUCCUUUCAAAAGGGGAUAAGCUGGAACUGAACUUUGUGCCCCUUCCUCGAAGACCGCCUACACCUGAGAGGACCCCCUCGCCCGAGAGGGAUGAUGAGGACGAGGCGGCAAAAGAGAGGGAGAGGGAGGAUAGAGAGCGCAAGGCCCCAUCUCCCACAGAGUUUGAUUUUGAUGAAGAACAGAUACAACAAACUCCAAAAAAUGCUUUCAUCAACCGACGCAGGACACCAGGGUCCUCAGCUCGGUCCUCUGUCAAACGGGAGGCUAGGUUGGACAAGGUACUGUCAGACAUGAAACGCCACCGCAAAAUUGAGGAGCACAUUCUUCGGACUGGACGAGACCUCUUCAAGAGCGAGAAGAGCAGCCGGGCCGGGCCCGAGGAGGCACUCUCUCCCAACAGUCAAAAAGAGCGAGAAAAGGAAAGGGAGAGAGACAGCGACCCCAGCAAAAUCUUCUCGCCAAGACAAAGGCGAUACUGAGAGAGGGGGAAAAACUGCAGGCCAAGAGCUUCGACGCUUGAUUUUGUUUUAAAUGCCAUUACCAAUUUUGUAUGAUUGUGCGUUUUGUAUCCUUGUAAUAAACAUUACUCUUUU